AUGGCGCUUGUGGGAGCAGGUACUAUUCUGGGUUUCCAGUGUAUUCCGACCUCUGAAUGCUUUCCGCUUCAUGCUGCCUCUGCGAUUGCCGCUAUCGCCUUUUUAGCAAAUUUACCCCAGCUGCCACCAAACGAUGACGAUGAACAAUCUGAGAUUGCUGAUGGAAUCGGCGAACUUUUGACUGGCAUGGGGCCACCUCCAUUACCACGGCCAAGCAUGUCUACCCGAAAGCCAAAGUCACCAAAUCCUGAAUUCAAACCAUUAAGUCCUGCUUCAUACUUUUCUCAGGCAUUGGAGAUAUCGCUCCCUACCCGAGCCCUCAACAUUCGGGUAUAUUACACUCCUCCGAAGUACGACGGCGGGGGUGUUAUUGUAUCCCACCACGGUGCGGGAUAUGCCGGUACAAGCUUUGCAUGUCUACCUAAAGAGAUAAGUGAGGUCAUGAGGGACAACGUAGUUUGUGCCAUCUCACUGGCCUUUGAUGCCAGAAGACAUGGAAAGAUAACAUCAUCACAGUCUGAUGAAGACCUAUCGAUCAAUGUCCUUGUUGAGGAUUUCUGUGCUCUGCUACAGACGAUUCACCCGGAUGUGGCAGCAGUCCCAAAUUUAAUGCUUGUUGGGCACAGCAUGGGAGGAUCUGUCUGCGUUCGCGCUUGUCCCAUACUUCAACAACGAAAAUUCAAUAUCGCAGGAGUGGCCGUUUUGGAUGUAGUAGAAGGCACAGCAGUAGAAGCGCUGCCUCACAUGCACGCGAUUCUCAACUCUCGACCCGAGGGUUUCGAUAGCGUUGAGGAAGCAAUUGAGUGGCACGUCAAUACGGGCCUUGUCCAUAACCCCAUUUCUGCUCGUGUUUCAAUCCCAUCUAUCAUUGUUUCUGCAGAUUCUCCUCUUACGCCCAGCACACGUGCAAAUAUUGGAUUCAAAUACAAGUGGCGUACACCACUCCGGUCGACGGCACCACACUGGGAUAGUAAGCCUAUACUUGCUCCUUUGAUUUGCAUACUGAUUUUUCUUUCACGCUGGUUUCCGUCGCUCUCGUCUUUAUUCCUUGGGCUCCGUUCUGCACGACUUUUAGUAUUAGCAGGUGCAGAGCGCCUUGAUACGACACUUAUGGUCGGUCAAAUGCAGGGCAAAUUCUGGCUCGAAGUCAUGGCUGGUUCGGGUGUGGGACAUCUUAUGCACGAGGACAAUCCGACAAAGCUGGCAGAUUUCUGGAGGCGCAAUGAACGCAUUGUGGUUCGAGGUAACGUUAUCAAGACGGUCGGGGAAGUUUAGAGAAGUUAGAUAUGCCGAUGUAUGUUUGGUUGUGCGCUUUGUCUCAUAGUUUGCUCCAAGGUCGUCCAAGACUCCAGUAGUAUG